CUCAGUGACUGUCAGUAAAUGAGAAGUGAAACAGCUGGAAAAGCAGAAGUUCAGUAACAUUAUUUAAAUAUGAUCAACAGUUUCAUAAGACAGUGAUCAACCAAGUGUAAACUAACCUCCACAGCGGACGGAUUCCAUGUCAGAAAGAUGAAGCCGUCAUGCUGGUGGUUGGUGUUUGUUUAUGUCACGUGUUUACACCCAUCUCUCAUUCUGGCCAUUAAAAGGAUCAUAGUGAAUUACUCAUCUCAGAACCUGUCCUCGGUUCCUCCCGGCCUGAAACCAUCUACAGAAGACUUGGAUCUGUCGCUGAACCACAUCCAGAUGCUGAGCGGCAAAGACUUCAGCACCACACCACGACUCCAUUUCCUCAAUCUGUCCUGGAAUAUACUGGAAAACAUAGACAUGGACGCAUUUAACUCCACAUCGGCAUUGGAGAUUUUGGACCUGUCACACAACAGACUCCAGAACCUCUCUGACCAACCGUACCUGCUUAAGGUGGGAAAUCUGCAGUUCUUGGACUUAUCAUCCAACAUGUUUUCCGUCAUGGCACUAGGGAAGGAAUUUUCUACCCUGAAACACCUGCAGUGGCUCGGCCUGAGUGCCAUUUCAAUCGGCAACGAAGACUUUACUUACAUUGCCAAUCUUACUCUGAAAACGCUCUUCAUCAAUACUGAUAAGCUACAGAAGUAUGAAGAGAGGAGUCUAACGGGUGUCCAUGCAGAGAAGGCCGUCAUCGCCCUGUCCAACAAAGACCUAGAUAUUGCAAUUGCCGAUGAUGUUUUUGCAUCGUUUAAAGAAGUAGAAUUCACCAAGGUGGACAGCGAGAUGAAGGUUCUCCAGCAGAUUCGCCAGCGAGGAACAGUACGCACUGUUAGUCUAGAAAUCUCCAAGGUGAAAACCACCUGGGAAGUUCUGACAGGCUGUGUAAACACAAUACUGUCAUCUGCCAUUCAACAGCUUUCAUUCUCAGAACUUACCUUGACAAAAAUGGUAAACGGCAGGCCUGUGACCUCGAGCCGAGUGUUGGAGUCCUUUUCUAUAAGAAGAGCAACUGUAACUGAAUUCAUCUUCAACCAAACAGAGCUCUAUGACUUCUUCAUAAGCAUGCCAGCGAGAAAAGUCAUUUUAACCCAAACGCCCAUUAUCUUUAUGACCUGCCCUCAGACUGUUAGUAAGAUUGAGGUGUUGGACUUUUCCGAUUGCGCCCUUACGGAAAACAUCUUCUCAGUUGGUCCGGAUACAGAAUGUAGUACACUCACAAACCUGAAAAAGCUGGUUUUGAGGGGCAACAACCUGAAACAUCUUGGACCGCUGACCUCUAGAAUCAAUCUCAUGAGCUCGCUGCAAUACGUCGACCUCAGUCAGAACACGCUUACCUAUUCUGAGGAACAAGGCAAGUGCGUUUGGCCUCGCAAAGUUGCCCGUGUGGAUUUGUCCUCGAAUGUGUUUGACCAGAGCAUCUUCAAGUGUUUGCCCGAUUCCAUACGAAUCUUAAACCUCAGGAAUAACCGAGUGACCACAGUCCCUGCAGAUGUUGGGGUUUUAAAAGACUUGAACAUCUUGGACCUAAUGGAUAACCGCUUGCUGGACCUUCCCACCUGUCAAGCAUUCCCAAACCUGCAGAAGCUCCUAGUAAGAACAAACUCCAUCCAUUCGCCUUUACCGGGAACCCUCGAGACUUGUCCUCAUCUCAAAGAUCUCGACUUGAGCCGCAACCCCUUCAUCUGCACUUGUGCUUUGCGAGAAUUCGCAGCUCUCAUCAAUAACCGAGUGACACAAACUCCUGGUGUGACUCUCGGUCACUGGCCGGAAGGAUAUCGAUGCAGUUACCCAGAAUCCAGGAGCAACACCACGCUAAAAGACUUCUACCUUCCUGAGAUAUCCUGCAACGGCUGGAUCCUGGCUGUUACGAUUCUGAUCCCGACAAUCACUUUGGUGGUUGCCGUCAGCCUUCUUUGCCAUCGGCUGGAUGUGCCGUGGUACCUCAAGAUGAUGUGGAAAUGGACACGUGCCAAGCACCACGCAAUAACCUCCCAGAAGAAGGCUGAGGAUAUGGAGGGGUUGCGCUUCCAUGCGUUCGUAUCGUACAGCCAAAAGAACGCAGACUGGGUCAAAGCUCAAUUUCUUCCCAAGCUCGAGGGCGAUUGUGGGCUGCGAAUUUGUCACCACGAGCGGGACUUCAUCCCGGGAAAGACGAUCGUUCAGAACAUCCUCCGAUGCAUCGAGCAGAGCAGAAGAUGCGUCUUCGUGCUGUCGUCUCAUUUCGUCCAGAGCGAAUGGUGCCACUACGAGCUCUACUUCGCCAAUCACCAGAGGGUAAUGCGAGGGAUGGAUAGCAUCCUUCUUAUUCUGCUGGAACCUCUGCCGUUAUAUCUCAUUCCCUCCAAGUACUACCAGCUCAAGGCCAUGAUGUCCAGACGCACCUAUCUAGAGUGGCCACAGGAAGGAGCCAAGCAGAAGCUGUUUUGGGCUAAUCUCAGAGCAGCUCUGCAGGCCAACCUUCCCAUUCCGUCAGAGAGAGAAGAAGAGUGAUUAGAGGAGUUUUCAAAUGUAUUUCAUAGAGAUUGUAAAGGAGAUAUUAAAUUAAAGCUGUGGUUCCAGGGUCCACUAGGGGACCUCAACAAACAAGACAAAACUAGUCAAAAUCAAGAUAUUUCAAGAGGUAGCCUAAUUUUUAAAGUGUGACUUCUAGUCCUGUAAUAUGGAGUGAUUUAACAAACUUAAAUAAAUAAAUAAAUAAAUAAAUAUAUAUAUAUAUAGUGGAAUUUUAUCAAUUUAAAUCAUUUCAAUGCAAAUUUCAUGUUGUUGUUUUUUGUAUUAUGUAAUAUUUCAGGUCACUUUUUAUAAUAAUU